AGAGCCGCUGCGAAACUAGGGAGGGGCUACGCAGAAACCUCCGCACGUCGCUCACGGUGCGCGCCGCCCUCGUGAGUCCCUCACGAAAUGCAGCCCUCCCGGGAACAAGAGCUGCUGCGAAGCUAGGAAAGGCGCAGAAAAAGGAGAGUUUUGGAGGGAUCAAGGGGCAAAUGGGGAGAGGAGGCGCAACGCAGAAGACCAGGGAGUAAGGCGGAAAGGGGUGGGUGGUUGCGAGGAGCAGUAUUCGGGUAGCUCCUGCUGGCCGCAGAAGGUAAUGCGUGUUUCGUUUUGGGAUUCUUGACUUAGUUUUUGUUCAAAAAGGGAAUAAAGCAAAACUAGCUAUGGCUCUGGCGCUGCUGCUGCUGCUACCCAGGAGAAGCCGAAGUUUCCUGCACCUUGCAGGGGACCUGAGAGGAGCCGUUGAUCUCUGCAUGAUCAGAGGUACGGGACGUCUCCUCUGCCAUACUGACCAGCCAUCAGCCACUGACAGCCCCACAGGAGAAGAAAAGUAUUACCCAUUAUAUCCAGGACACAUCCCCACCAGUCCUCUGCAGAAAGGCCUGCUGGCAGCUGGCUCAGCGUUCAUGGCUCUCUACAAUCCCUACCGGCAUGAUAUGGUGGCCGUCCUCGGGGAGACAACAGGGUACCUCGCUUUGAGAAACCUCAGGGAGAAGAUGAGAAAUGACCCAGAGGGAUAUCGGAUCCUACAAGAACGGCCUCGGAUACGCCUCUCCACAUUAGAUAUCCGUGGACUUCGGGGGCUUCCAGACGGGACCUUUGGCCGAGAGUAUGUCCGGUUUUUGGACGAUAAUAGAAUCUCUCCAGACACCAGGAUGCCUCCUAAGUUUGUAGAUGAUGAAGAAUUGGCCUAUGUGGUCCAGCGGUAUAGAGAGGUCCAUGAUCUGAUGCACACCCUUCUUGGCAUGCCCACCAAUAUGCUCGGGGAAGUCGUGGUAAAGUGGUUUGAGGCAGUCCAGACUGGCCUGCCCAUGUGCAUUCUGGGAGCAGCAUUUGGCCCACUCCGCCUUAACGCCUGGAAGCUGCGUGUUCUGACCACUGAGCUCAUCCCAUGGGCUGUUCGGAGUGGAAGUAGCGUCAACUGCAUCCUGAAUUUCUAUUACGAGGAGCGCUGGGAGCAAACCAUAGACUCUCUUCGUCACGAAAUCGGUAUCCUGCCACCUCCGGCAAUUUCGGUGUAAAUUUCUGCUGGGGAAAAUGGGGGAAAAGUCACUGGCAGGCAUUGAAGAAGCAGUAGAUGAAGUAGAUUUAGGGUCUCAGAAGUUAAACCACAGCUUGCCUUGGAUCAGCUGAGCAGCCACGGUUUGGCCAAGCAAAAAGUUUAUUAAUUCAGUUGGCAGCAUGUUCUGCAUUUUCCCUGCCACUCCAACCAGAUGAUUUAAAAUGGUAAGACAGUGUUUUAAAACACAAAGCCUCUUCAGUCAUUUAAACAGCAGUGAAAACACUGGGAGGAAGGAAAUUUGAAGCCCUGAAAACUCCGGCAGAGAAGAGGCCUGAAACGCUAAAUGGUGGAUUGUACAUAAAUGCACAGCAGCCCAGCAAGGCGGAUUCUUGGCAUAUUCCCAUUUGAUAGACCAGGGCUGGGAUAUUUGCUGCCUGUAGUCCUGAUUAGGCCCAUCUUCCUGACACCUGAGGUCAGUAAGGUGCAGUAAGGGUGGGGCAUACUAAGAGCAUGUUUCAGCUCAUCUGUAAUGCCUGCAAAGCCCCUUUCCCAGUGCAGUGCCAGAUAGUGCUUUGAGAGGGGCCUCUAAAGACUGGUUGUUUUAUCAUCUGCAGGGGUCUUCAGAAGCCCCAUUCAAAGCACUGAGUAAAAUAGUGUUCUGAAAGGGGCUUCAAAAGGCCCCUGUGUGCCGAACGCUCACAGUUGACCAGUGGACUAGGCACGUACCCCCACUCCUGUCACAGGCAGAACUGAGGCUGGGUGAAUUUAAAGCAGCAGUGGAGAACCUUUUGCAGGCCAAAGGUCUCUUAGUCAUGGGCAACCUGUUCCAGUGGUAGGCGACGCCAGAGGCAAGUGGGCGGAUCGAUGGAUGUGACCGCUGCAAGAUACUCUGCAUUCCAGCCUCACAUGUCUCCACCCAGGCAAGCAGGAGAGAUUAGUUAACACAGUUCCAGGACACAUUUCAGUCAGGUAAAAACAUGAAAGGUCAUUUCAGGGCAGGGCUGGUGAGGUGCAGCCUAGGGGGUGGGGGCCAGUGGUAUCACAUUAUGCUCCUUUGUCUAAGAUUCUCCACCCCUUGAGCUAAGGCUACAGGGUCAAUUCUGGACGAUGAGGGCUUUAAACCAGGGUGGCAUCAAGAUCCAGAUAUUUACUCCCACUGGACCUCUAGCUCUACAUCAGUGGGGCUUGUUGCUGCAGUGAAUACAGCUGAAACUACAGAUAUUUGCAAAUCAUCCAACCAUCUAUUGUUUGCCUACUCCUGGGCUACCAGGGUGGUUGAUCUCUCUCUACAAACCGCCUUUGGGUGAAAGGAAUGAAGAAUGCUGCGCAUGACUUUGUCUCCACCAAGGACAGAGGCACAAGGCCAAGUCCAGUUCUUAGCAGCACAGUUUAAGAAGGAUCUUGACAAGCUGGAACACAUGUAGAGGAAGGUGACCAAGAUGGUCAAGAGUCUGGAAACCAAGCCAUAUAUCACAGGGGGGCCCAAACUUUUUUCAAAGAGGGCCAGUGAGGGCCGACCAAAGCUGCUGAGCUUUUUUUAGAAUUGAAGCUGUUGAGCUUUUUUUAUGAUUUUACCCCAAAGUUAUUGAGCUUUUUAAAGGAUUGAACUUCUUGAGCUUUUUUUUGGGGGGGGGAUUUAACCCCAAUAAAUAAACUGCCACAAGGGCCAAAUAAAACCAGCCAAGGGGCCAAAUUAGGCCCCCAUAUUGGACUUUGGGCAUGCUCGCCAUAUGAGGAACGGUUGAAGGAGUUGAGUACAUUUAGCCUGGAAAAGAGGAGACUGAGAGGAGAUGCAAUAACCAUCUUCAAAUAUCUCAAGGGCCGCUACAUGGAAGAUGGAGCAAGCUUAUUUUCUCCUGCUGUGGAGGCUAGAACCCAAGCCGCUGGAUUCAAGUUACAAGAAAGAAGAUUCCAACUUAACAUUAGAAAGAACUUUAUGAUGGCAAGAGCUGUUUGACAGUGGAAUGGUCUCCCUCAGGAGGUAGUGGACUCUCCUUCCUUGGAGGUUUUUGAGCAGAGUUGGCCAUCUGUCCAGGAUGCUUCAGUUGAGUUUCCUGCAUUGCAGGGGGUUGGGCUGGAUGACCCUUGGAGUCACCUUCCAACUCUACAGUUGGGACUGAGAUAACUGCCCAUCACAGCUGGAAAGAGACUCAUAUCUGUAAGUUCCUUAAUAAAUCGCCAGUGCAUACAA